AUGGCGAUGAAUUCAAAGUUGAUGAUACUAUCGAGGCCAUUCUACUCAGUAGAUUCGCAUUGUGGGUAUUGUAAUGGUGAGAAAGAAGAUCAUUUAGCUUUAGAGAGUCAAUUCCUCAAUCAAUCAUCAUCACCAUCAUUAAUUGAUAAUGCAUCAAAAUCGCAUUCUAUGGGGUUUGUAGUGGAGCAAAUGACGUGUCAACAAUAUGAUUUCAUGAUCAAUAAAGGAUGCAGAAGAUCAGGAACUUAUGUAUAUAAGCCUGAUUUGUUAAGAUCCUGUUGUAGAUUAUACACUAUACGAACCAAAUUGAAUAAUUUGAAAUUAGAUAAACAUCAUAGAAAGGCUAUUAAUAGAUUUAUAAAGGAAAUAUCAAAUGACGAUGAUAAUAAGGAGAAACAACCCACACAUAAGAAUCAACAACGGUAUGAUAUAAGGGAUUUAAUACGGGCAGAACAAAAAUCAACUAAAUUCAGAACUGUAUUUGAACCAUCGGGGUUUUCAAAGGAGAAAUUCGAAUUAUAUAAGAAAUAUCAAAUUAAGGUCCAUAAUGAUGAACCCCUGGAUGUGACCGAAUCAUCAUUCAAAAGAUUCUUAUGUCAAACUCCAUUUGAUGUUGAAGAAGUAUUGGGAAAUGAUGAAGAAUGGAAAGACUUGAAUAAUUGGGUUGCAAAUUGGUCGUUAGAGAAUGAUUCAUCAGGAAUGAACCAUAAAAGAAUUGGUCCCACUCAUGUUUGCUAUUAUCUUGAAGAUAAAUUAAUAGCAGUAUCAGUAUUGGAUUUCUUACCUACUGGAGUUUCUUCUAUAUAUUUUAUUUGGGAUCCUGAUUAUGCUCAUUUAUCUUUAGGUACAUUAUCUGGAUUAAGAGAAAUAUUAAUGUGUGAAGAAUUAAAAUUAGGAUAUUAUUAUUUAGGUUAUUAUAUCGAUGAUUGUCCCAAAAUGAAUUAUAAACUGAAGUUCGGAGGCGAGAUAUUGGAUUUGGUUAAUAAUAUGUACGUCCCAUUGGAUAAAGUCAAACUGGAUUUAAAAAAUGGUAGAUUGUUUGUUUUAGGAUCUACAACCGACAAUGGAACCGAAGAAUUGAAGUUAUCGGAUGAUUACCCCAAAGAUUGGGAUAAUACAAAACUGGAAAAUAUAUCAGAAAUCUUAUAUGGAGAACAUAGUUCGAUUUAUGAUGGAGCCGAAAAGGAUUUAAACUUAAUAAAGAAACAGUAUAAAAUUGAUUUCACUCAGAAGAAGGGCUUCUUUCAUGCAAAAAAGCCUCCCAUACCGUCAGUUUAUCCUGGCUUAAAACCUUUGUAUCAAGUUAUAGAUAUUCUAGAUAGUGACGCUCUAGACGAUGAUUUUUGUAUUAUCUUCUAUAACAAUUCUACAGGAAUACCUACGAGAAGUUAUUUCAGUGAUAUGACUUCGCUUGAGAAACUGAUAGUGAUAGAAUAUAUCAGGUUAUUUGGAAUUGAGUUCAUUGAUCGUUCGGUAAUAUUUGUAUAG